AUGGAAGAAGUUGCAACUGGUAUAGAAGGUUUUUGGUUAUUAUUGGGAUCUGAUGAAGACUUCGUGGUUGUGCGGACUAUUGCAGCGUUUCCACGGGCAUACUGUUUCAUCGGUGAGAUAGGAAAAAAUCGCUGGUGGGGCGACGCGUCGUUCGCGUAUCGUAUGCGUCUGUUGCCUCAAUCAUUAGCCGCGGCUCUCUAUCGUCAUCCGGUGCCUUAUGCCGCCAUGAGUAGCAAAACGAACUCCGGAUCCGAUAUAGAGAAACCGUCUUUUCGACCUAAAAAGGUGCUCAUAUUGAGUAAAAUUACGCGAUAUGAGUACGAAAAACGGAUACAUGGCGAAGAUGAUGAUAAGAAACUUGAAGAUUUGUUAAGGCGACGUGGGUCAGAUUAUAAUCAGUUAAUCAGGAAGCACCAAAUUCAUCAAACGUAUUUGCAAACUAUGCAGUCAGAGCUUGAACGAGCUGGUGUGGAAGCAAGAGUAGUUCAAAGGUUUGACUACACAGAAGACGCCGUAAAAUGGGCAGAUGCUGUGAUGACCGCUGGUGGUGAUGGGACGUUUUUACUUGCUGCAUCGCGUAUUCAUCAGAAGAGAUAA